AUGUUACCUCAUUGUUCUGCCCUUUCUCAAUCACCACCACCUUCAAUAUCCAAAUUUCUCUCUGACCAUCCAUGUCUCACCAUGCUUCAAAACCCCUCCACCACCAUCAAAGACUUCCACCAAAUAUACCCCCACAUCAUCAAAACCGGCAUUACUCAUAACUCAAUUGCUUCCACACGUGUCCUCUCCUUCUGUGCCUCUCCAUCUGGCAACAUUAACUAUGCCUACAAACUGUUCAUCAGAAUGCCAAACCCAAAUCUUUAUUCUUGGAACACCAUUAUAAGAGCCUUUUCAAGAAGCUCAACUCCACAAUUUGCUAUAUCACUUUUUGUUGACAUGUUGUAUUCUGAAAUUCAGCCUCAACAUUUGACUUACCCUUCUGUUUUCAAAGCUUAUGCUCAAUUGGGUGAUGCUCAUCAUGGAUCUCAGCUUCAUGGUAUGGUUGUGAAAUUGGGUCUUCAGAAAGACCAAUUUAUUCGUAAUACUAUCAUUCACAUGUAUGCUAAUAGUGGACUUUUGGGUGAAGCUAAAAGAGUUUUUGAUGAAAGAAUUGAACUUGAUGAUGUUGUGGCUUUCAAUUCGAUGAUUAUGGGUUAUGCUAAGUGUGGUGAGAUUGAUGAAUCUAGGAAGCUUUUUGAUAAUAUGUCUAUAAGAAGAACUUCAGUUACUUGGAAUUCUAUGAUUAGUGGAUAUGUUAGGAAUGGGAAACUGAUUGAGGCGUUGGAACUUUUCUAUAACAUGCAAGAGGAGGGGAUUGAACCAAGUGAGUUUACAAUGGUUAGCUUGUUAAAUGCUUGUGCUCACUUGGGAGCACUUCAACAUGGGAAAUGGGUUCAUGAUUAUAUAAAACGGAAUUAUUUUGAGUUGAAUGUUAUUGUAGUUACAGCAAUAAUUGACAUGUACUGCAAGUGUGGCUCUAUUGAUAAUGCUAUUGAAGUGUUUGAGAAAUGCCAUAGAAGAGGGUUAUCAUGUUGGAACUCUAUUAUAAUUGGGCUAGCCAUGAAUGGUUGUGAAAGAGAAGCGAUUGAGUUGUUCUCUAAGCUUGAAUCUUCAAAGUUAUUGAAGCCGGAUUCAGUAAGUUUCAUUGGUGUUUUAACUGCUUGUAAACAUUUAGGAGCAGUUGACAAAGGAAAAGACUAUUUUGAAUUGAUGAUGAAUAGUUAUAAAAUUGAACCAUCGAUAAAACACUACACUUGCAUGGUUGAUGUGCUAGGUCAAGCCGGACUCCUAGAAGAAGCAGAGGAACUUAUAAACGCUAUGCCUAUAGAACCAGAUGCCAUUAUAUGGGGGUCUUUGCUCUCGUCUUGUAGGAAGCAUGAGAAUGUACAGAUUGCAAAACGGGCUGCUCAAAGAGUUUACGAGUUAAAUCCAAAUGAUGCGAGUGGUUAUGUACUCAUGUCUAAUGUUCAUGCUGCAUCGAACAAAUUCGAAGAGGCAAUGGAGCAAAGGCUUUUGAUGAAGGAAAACUCAACAGAGAAAGAACCAGGUUGCAGUUCAAUUGAAUUAUAUGGAGAAGUUCAUGAGUUUCUAGCUGGGGGAAGGCUGCAUCAUAAGACCCGAGAGAUCUACCACUUAUUAAAUGACCCCAGUUUUGCAUUUCAAGAUUGA